AUGGGAGGGGGCGAGGGCGCUUUAAAAGGCUAUUUGCUUCCUGCUAUCACUUCGCGAUCUUCAGCAGAUGCUCAUGGACCCCGAGCGAGAAGGCGUCGCGACGAAGCUAGUAUACCGACCGCUGUACGGGAGGCCAUCCAGGCCUUUGUCCCCAAAGCUGGAACGAAGAUAUUACGUGCCAAGCCGAGUGAGACGUCGUUCGUCUACGACUGGGGUGUCCGCGUCGUCAGCACGGCCGACACCAACGCACCUGCUGUGUUGAUGUGCAUGACAGCCGAGACUUGCCGCACGCAGCGUUUAAAGAUCGUGAUGCCAGGUGGGAAGACGUCAAAAGUGACGCUUCAUCUAACCAAGGCACACGACGUUGGCUCCGACAAAACCGCCAGCGAGGAGGGCAGGAAAAGAACCCGCGACGAAGAUCUGGCCGUUUUGAAGAGGAGUCCACUCUUUCGCUAUGAUCCUGGCCGCGCGUUCGUCUUGCUGGAGACACUGCGUAUCGUGAACAACAACCUUCCGUUCAGAAUUGGAGAGUACGAAGAGUCGCUGAUAAUCCGAGACUUAAUGCUCAAGGAGGAGGCUCGUGUAGCAUUAAACGCCAAGGUCAUCCGCCAUUCUGUCGUGGAACUCUACGAUGCGACAAAGCGUCAAGUCCAAGUGAUGCUGACAGAAAACAGGAUCGGUUCAGCAAAAAAGCUUCUCCGUCGUUGGAGACUUCUGGACGGCGUCCGCGAUGAAUACCAUUUUUUUGGAAUUGAGACUCUAUCUAGUGGACUCGUCGUACCGGUUCAAAUCCGUGUUGCUAGGGACCCGAUAUUUUGCCCCGCAGUAUGGCGAACGUGA